AUGAGUCGUCCUAACAAUGCUUACUAAAUAGCUUUUGAUAGAGCUACAAAUGAUUAAACUCGUGAAGAAUUUUGGAAAGAACAGACCUAUUAAGUUGAUUGGUACAAGAAGCCUGAUGUUAUUUUAGAUAAAUCCCACCCAAAUCCUGGCUUCUGGCGUUGGUUUAAGGACAGUAGAGUCAACAUGUGCUACAACGCUAUCGAUCGUCAUGUUGGAGAACUUGCAAAUAAAACAGCUAUUUAGUAUGUAUGCGGAUAUUUAGGCACAGAAAAAUCAUACACAUGGGCUGAGCUACUUGAUAAUGUCUCAAGACUUGCUGGUGUUUAUAGAAAAUUAGGUGUUAAGAAGGGUGAUAGAGUAGUAAUUUACAUGCCAAUGGUCCCUGAAGCUGUAUUUGGUAUGCUUGCCUGUGCUAGAAUAGGUGCCAUUCACUCAGUUGUCUUCGGAGGUUUUGCUGCUAAAGAAUUAUCAGGCCGUAUUUAAGACUCAAAGCCUACUUUAAUUUUAGGUGCAUCUUAUGGUUUUGAGCCUGGUAAAGUGAUUAACUACAAACAAAUUUUGGAUGAAGCUAUUGAUUUAUCUUAGGUAUAAGGUAUUAAGGUCUUACUUUUGUAAAGAGGUGAUAAAAUGACAGCUCCUGUUAAAGUUGGUAGAGAUUUUGAUUACCACUCCUCCAUGUUGUUUGCUGAAAGAGUUGACUGUGUACCUGUUGAAGGUGAUCACCCUUUAUAUAUUCUUUAUACUUCAGGAACUACUGGAUAACCCAAGGGUAUAGUGAGAGAUACAGCAGGUACCUGCGUUGCUACAUCUUGGACUAUGUAACAUAUCAUGGAUAUCCAUAAAGGAGAUGUCUACUUUUCUGGUAGCGAUAUUGGUUGGGUUGUUGGACAUCAUUUCAUAGUUUAUGGACCCCUUAUCAGAGGUGCUACAACUAUUUUGUAUGAAGGUAAGCCAACUGGUACUCCUGAUCCAGGCUAAUUCUGGAGAAUUAUUGAAAAAUAUAGAGUAAAGGGUCUUUAUACAGCUCCAACUGCUCUUAGAGCCAUAAGAAAGGAUGAUUUGAAUGGUGAUUGGAUUAAAAAAUUUGAUAUAUCUUCUUUAUAAUCCAUUUCUAUGGCUGGUGAAAGAUGUGAUGUACCUACAUAUGAAUGGAUUCAAAAGCAUGUUCCUGUUUUAAUCAAUGAUAACUAUUGGCAAACUGAAACUGGUUGGAUUAUUUCAUGCAAUUACAAGAAUCUAUACACUCAUCCAGUUAAACCUGGUUCUGCUAUUAAACCUGCCCCUGGCUUUGAUGUUCGUAUCUUAGACUAAGAUAACAAGGAAAUCACUGAACCAAAUAAGCUUGGAAGAAUCUGUAUUAAACUCCCUAUGCCUCCUUCAUUCAUGCUUACUUUAUAUAACAACGAUGAAGCCUUUAUUCAAAAGUAUUUAUCAGACUCACCUGGAUAUUAUUUAGCUGGUGAUAGUGGUUACUUUGAUGAAACAGGAUAUUUGAAUGUUAUGGCUAGAAUAGAUGAUAUCAUAAACACUGCUGGUCAUAGACUAUCUACUGCAGCUAUGGAAGAAGCCCUCCUUAAACACCCAAACAUCGUUGAAGCUGCCGUUGUUGCAUAAGUUGAUGAUUUCAAAGGUGAAAUUCCUAUUGGUUUUGUGGUUGCUAAAUAAGGUGGAAACAUUAACUUAAAAGAAUUCGAAAAAGAAUGUGUAGCUAUAGUUAGAAAAGAGAUAGGCCCUGUUGCUUCUUUCAACAAUUGUAUUUUAGUAGAUAAGCUACCAAAGACAAGAAGCGGCAAGAUCUUAAGACAAACUCUUAAAAAAAUUGUAGAUGGAGAAAAAAUAGAAAAAAUUCCUCCUACAAUUGAUGAUGCAUCUGUAAUUCCUAAAAUAUAAUCAGAUGUUGAAAACUAUGGCCUCCUUAAGAAAAAGAAUACUACUAAAAAUCCAACUCCUAAACUCUGA